AUGAGGCGGGGCAUGCGGCCAGCCACAGCUCCCGAAGACGGCGAGACGGAAUGGGAAUCGCGCCGCGCCUCAUCCUCGGCCUCUAGCCUCCAUCGCGGCGAGAGCUCGAUGGGCUACAGUCGGCCGGGCAGCCACGCUGGCCCUGGCGCCUGCGACGGCGAAAGGAAUGUGGCAGUGAGUGGCGCCGCCUUCGAUGCUGGUGGGUCUGCGACGGAGUGGGCCACCGCUACCGACGCCACCACCACGUCGGAACCCUUUGGAUCGGGAUCUGGGUGGCGCUGGGGCACCUCUGGCACCUGGUCGCCCAAGGCCGCGCCGAUGGUCGCCGACAACCGCUCGGUCUCGUUUCAGUCGCACGUACGCGUGCAGUCGAGCAACUUUGAUGGGGAGACACCGUCCGGCUCCCUCGGCCAGGGUCUCAUCGGCCUGCGGCGGUCAUCGCUUGCGGACCGCAUAUACCCCGCUCCUGGAUCCGGUCAAGGGCUCGACUAUGGCGGCGAAGGGGAAGGAGACAACGACGACGGCGGCGACAUCGAGUUCGAGGCCGCAAUCGACUUUGAUCCUGUCCGCGAGCGGGCCGUCACCCGGCACGGCCUCCAACUGCAGCCUCCGCCCGAGAUGGACAAGAUCGACGGCUUCCUGGACCUGCUGGCGUACACGCACACGGGCUGGGCAUUCGGGCUGCUCGUCGCCGUCGGCUCGCAGGGCCUCGUGCAGGUGUCGGGCCAAGACUGGAACGGCGCCUGCCCGCUGUCGCGCACCGCAGCCUUCGAGCGCUGCUGCCAGACGCCAUGGCAGAAUGUCAUCCUCGAGUCGCCGGUGCUCGAGCGCGGGUCGACCUCGUCGUCGUCCUCCUCAAACGCCGAAAGCUGGUCCCGUGCCAUGCGUGCCAGUCGCAGCGAAGACUCGCCACUGAGCCGGCCACCGCUGGUGCGCCAGACAGGCCCCCCGAUCCCCACCAAGGACGCCCCUUUUCACCUCACGUCCGUCUUUCGCGCCAUCUGCCUUUCGCCAUCGCCGGACCGGCAACCGGUCCCUGUGGGCAUGCUGUUUGCGUUCGAGCAGAGACCCGCGGGCCCUCGGUGCGGCGCCGACUUUUCCCGCAUCGUCGACUCGAUGGCGCAGACGGUGCGCACCGGCCUCGAGCGCAACGCCAACGUGAUGCGGCGCGAAAAGGAGCUGCUGGCGCAGUCGUCGCUCAUUUCGAUGAAGCGGUUCGUCUCGGGCGAGCUGCCGCAGUCGUCGAUCGGCAAGGAGACGGGCUCGCUCGGCAUGGGCAUCUUUUCGCAGGCGGCCAUGUCGAUCCGCGCCAUCCUCAAGGCGCACAGCUGCGUCAUCUGGGACAUUAGCUGCUUCCGCCUGUUUGCGACCGACGGCUCCGGGGGCAGCCAGUCGUCGGACCCGAUCAAUGAGGCCGAUGCUGCCGCCGCUGGCGGUCAGUCUGCGCCUCAGGCAGAGACCUGGGACACCUGGAACGUCCGCACCAGCCUCCACGAGCCGGACUCGGGAGCUGCCGAGUUGGGUAUGCCGGCGACGAUGGCAUCGGCCUCGGCCCAUGUCGACCCCGCCCAAGCCGAUGGCAGCGCGCUCGCCCUUCCGGCAGAAGACGUUGUCGUGGCGACGACCGUGGCCGAGGCAGCCAGCCCGAGCAUCGCCGCCCGCGCAUCGAUGGGCGAGGCGACGGCUGGCGAGAGCGAGGACUCGGCCAAUUCGGACGGCUGGACAUGCUCGUUCCCCGUUACCAGCCAGCCCAUCGGCGUCAUCGGCAGCUCGGGCGGCGCGAUGCACCAUUACGAGGACCUCGACGGCACGUUUUCGCGGCCGCUCAUCGCCGAGUUCCUCGCCACGACCAAGGAGCUCGGCCUCAGCAGCCGCCCGCAGGCCGAGGGCGAGCACAUCAAGUCGGCGGAAAGCACCAUCUUUGGCGAGGCAUCGUCGCUCUCCAACCUCGUGCCCAACGGCUGCCAAGGCUUGAUCGCCGUACCCGUCUUUGAGACUGACAACCAGCCGGCGUUCAUGAUCUUUGUCGCGUUCGACGAGCCGCCGGUUCUCGAGGCGGCGGACCGUCACUAUGUCGAGCAGGUGGGCUCGUUGCUCCUCACGUGGAGCAUCCGCUCGCGUGUGGCCCGCGUCGACCGCGCCCAGACACACUUUAUCUCCAGAAUCCAGCACGAGCUGCGGACGCCGCUGCACGCAGUCAUCGGGACGCUCGACAUCCUGAAAGAGUCGCUCGCCGAGCGCUGCCUAGCCCCGGAGGCGGCGGAUCAGCAGGAGCUGGCGGCGCUCGUCGAAUCGGCAGCCACGUCGGCCGACGCCCUCAACAACAUGAUCAACAACGUGCUCGACUUUGGGGCGCUCAAGGCGAUGCCGGUGCAGCCUAAAAAGGCCGACGACCUGCCGUGCUUCCGGUGGAACGACAUCUCGGCCGCCAUCUCGGACACGUGCAAGUCCGAGUGGAUCUCGGCGCUGCAGCGGGGCGAGCUGGGCAUGCCCGAAGCGGGCGCGACGCAAGAGACGCCCGAGCUGCUGCUCGACCUCGACUCGUCGGACCUGACGGGCGACCUGAUUGCCACGAUCGACCUCGAGGCGCUGCAGACGGUGCUGCGUAAGCUCGUCAACAACGCCAUCCGGGCCACCAGCGCCGGCUUCGUCACCGUCGGGCUCAAGAUCAGCUCGCGCGAGGCCAUAUGUGAACGCAAGAUCCGCCCCGGAUCCAAGCCGCGGCCAAAGGACCGCACCUACGACAUCGAGGUCACCGUCGAGGACACGGGCAAGGGAAUGCAGCGGGAAUUCAUCGAGUCGCACCUGUUUGCGCCGUACGCCAAGGAGGACACGUUUUUGCCCGGAUCGGGCCUGUCGCUGGCCAUCGCCUCGAGGCUCGUCCACCGCAUGGGCGGCCACAUUACGGUGGUCUCGUCGCCGCUGGGCACCAAGUUUAGCAUCACGCUCCCGGUGCGCUUUGGGCGGACCAAGCGGGCGCCGUGCCCGGCGCAGUCGGCGGCAUUGCAGCACCGGGUCGCCGCACACUUUGUCGGCUUCGACACGCCGGGCCUGGCUAAGACCAAGGCGAUCAUCGCGCGCCGCCACAAGCUCGACGAAGUCGAGCGGCUGGCUGACGCCCGCAUUUUGUUUGCCACGGCCGAGAGCAUGUCGGAGUGCGACGAGGCGCUGUCGCAAGUCGCCGCGGCGGCUUCGAGGAAGUGCCCGUCGCAGCUCGUCGUGCUGGAGCGGAUCGACACCAAGUCCGGCGACGGCCGGCGAGCCAGGGUCGAGCAGUCGGAGCUCGACGCGCUGCUGCGGCGCCACGGCCUGGCCAACGACGUGCAGGCGCGCAAAGUGCCGCGGCCCGUCGGGUACAAGGCGAGCUCGAUCAUCGACACGGUCAAGGAGCGCGUGCUCUUUCCGCACCGCGACGCGCGAGGCUCCAAGUCGACGAGGUCGACGUCGUCGGAGCCAUCGGCGGCGUCCAGGUUCUCCAACACGCAGCGGUCGUCCGAGGCGCCCUCGCUGCCGACACCGACCAACCUGGACGCCAAGGCGGCCAACCCGCUGGGCAUCGCUCGCGGAAACCCGGACGGCUCUGGCGCCGGCCUCGACAGCGACGGCGUCGAGGGGAAUUGCAAGGCCAUGGUGGCGCCGCAGCACCAGAUCAACGACGUCGACGUCAACCCGAGCCCGUGCACCGACGUGCGCGCCGCUGCGGCCGAGUACGCCGUCGAGCCGGCGACGCUGCAAGAGGUGCGCGUGGCCGCCGACGCCCUGGGCGGCGACCCGACGUCGCACGACUUUGUCGUCAUGGUGGUCGAGGACAACCCGCUCAACAUGCGCAUCAUGACGACGAUGCUCGACCGGGCAGGGAUCCGGUACGUGCAGGCGUGGAAUGGGCGCGAGGCCGUCGACCUGUUCCGCGAGCACCUGCCGCACGUGGUGCUGCUCGACAUCACCAUGCCCAUCAUGGACGGCUUCCAGGCGUGCGCCGAGAUCCGCAAGCUGCGGCCGGCGCACCUGGUGCGCGACGACGGCUCGCCGCGCCACCGCAUCAUUGCCGUCACGGCCCUCAGCUCCGAGGCCGACCGGCUGCGCGGGCGCGAGGCCGGCAUGGACGACUGGCUUAAGAAGCCGCUCAAGAUGUCGAGCCUGAUGAGCGAUCUCAAGGCAUGGAAGGCGCAAGUCAGCCCGGUCUGA